AUGAGUUACCAUGUGCAGAUUUUGAUAUUCUUGCUUUUUAUGCUUACAUUUCAAGCAUAUUGUGAUUGUGACUUGCCGCCUAAAUUAGAUGGUGCAUGGUGGGAUAGCAGCGCGGGAAAUGUUCAGUUUACUCAGACCACAAAACAGUUAGACGGAUGGUUAUUCACUGUAUACUCACAAAGUUUGUCUGAGUUCACAUGUGUAGAGAAUGUUGACAACAUAUUACUGUUUAAAAGUAACAAUGAAGCAAAUACAUUUGGAGAACUUUAUUACGGAUUUCUGUGUAUGGUGUACACUAAUCUAACAUCAUCCAGCUUCAGGUAUUAUCUACAGACAGAUGAGGAACCCGAUGAAGCUUCUAGACAAAGGAUUAAAAUGGUGUUGAAGGAGAACGCCCUUGAGCCUUACGAUAUAAAUGAUAUUUGUAAUACAGUAAAUGGUCCUUUAUCAGAAGAGUAUCAUGUUUUGGUAAAGCAAGGUACACAGUCGAUGUUGAACCAGUAUUUACCUGAUAUAUUACUCGGUAUAUUCUCCUACAGUGUUAACGAUGGGACAUCUACCUACUGUACUGACGCCUCUCUGUGGGACUCAUGUACAAAUAAAACAGCUAUUAACUUAAACUAUACACUGUGUUCAACUAUAAUGUUUGGUUCAGCAACUGGUCACGUGUACAGUGUUACCUAUGUGUUACAGGAUAGUACAUAUUAUGUUACAGUUAUAAACUCUGAUGGUCAGGAUACGCUGUUUACCUGCUUGGCAGUGGUCUCAUCGGCAGGGACAAUUGUCAUGAGUACAAAUCCGGGCAGCUGUGAAAAGGGACAGACACCAUUUGCAAGGACAUCUAACCAGGAAAGUGUCCUAAUUACUUUGUCCAAAGACGGUAAGAAAAAACACAGAGUAUUUAUUCUACGUUAA